AUGGGGAAUUGCUUGUCGGAUGUGAAGGGCGGUCAGCAGGCGGUCGGCGGUGGGGCCCAAACUGGUGCUUUCGGCGGCGCCGCCAGCAGCGGCACAAACGACGCCGUGGACAAUUUCUUCAGGGCCAAAGGAGAACAUGCGCUUUUCACGCCGAUCGAGUUGUCUCUAUCGGCUUCGAAGCUGCUUGAUCUUGAUAUCGCGUCUAAGAGUGAUCCAAUGGCAGUGGUAUACACAAGAAGGGAUGGGAAGCUUGAGGAACUUGGACGAACUGAAGUAAUCAUGAACAAUCUAGACCCUAACUGGAUUCAGAAGAUAAAUAUCACUUACCAUUUUGAGAUGGUUCAGCCACUGAUCUUUCACGUGUACGAUAUUGACUCAAAAUAUCAUAAUUUGCCAGUGAAGAUGCUGAAGUUAGAAGAUCAGGAUUUUCUUGGGGAAGCUAGUUGUGUUGUCUCUGAGAUUGUAACUAAACGAGAUCGAAGCUUGACCUUGAAUCUGCGUAGUAGAGAUGUACGAGUUACAAGAAACUUGGGGAAACUAACAGUACUUGCUGAGGAAACUGUUGCUUCAAGAAAUACUGUGGAGAUCACAUUUCGUUGUUCGGAUCUAGUGAACAAGGAUGUGUUUUCCAAAAGCGAUCCUUUCUUAAGAAUCUCAAGGACUAUUGAGAGUGGACAUUCCGUUCCUAUUAGCAAGACAGAAGUCGUGAACGACAACUUGAAUCCUACUUGGAAACCUGUACUUCUAACCAUGCAACAAUUCGUCAGCAAGGAGAACCCAUUGAUGAUUGAGUGCUUUGAUUUCAAUAGCGACGGAAAUCAUGCUCUGAUCGGAAAAUUACAGAAGUCAGUUGCUGAACUGGAAACCCUUAACCAAAGUAGAGCUGGUGCAAAUUUCUUCGCCCCAUCUUCUAAACGUCAUCAUCAUAAUAAGGUUUUGAAGAGUCAACUAUUUGUCGAUGGAUUUGUUGAGAAACAACUGUACAGCUUCCUUGACUACAUCUCUAGUGGAUUUGAACUUAAUUUCAUGGUUGCUGUUGACUUUACUGCAUCUAAUGGAGAUCCUAGAAGUCCAGAGUCUCUUCACUACAUUGAUCAUACAGGUCGCCCGAACUCGUACCAACAGGCUAUAAGGGAGAUUGGGGAUGUUAUACAAUUCUAUGAUUCCGAUAGACGUUUCCCUGCCUGGGGAUUUGGUGGAAGAAUGCCUGAUGGAAAAAUAUCUCACUGUUUCAACUUGAACGGAAGCCCAGCUGAUUUUGAGGUUGAAGGGGUGGAAGGUAUAAUGGCUGCUUAUGCCAGUGCUUUGCACAAUGUCUCCCUUGCUGGGCCCACACUAUUCGGCCAAGUCAUAAAUAAAGCUGCUGAUAUUGCCGGUCACUCUUUGUCUUCCCACCAGGCCAAGUAUUAUGUCCUGUUGAUUAUAACGGAUGGGGUGGUCUCUAAUCUUCAAGAAACCGUAGAUUCUGUGGUUAGGGCCUCCGACUUGCCCCUCUCGAUUCUUAUUGUUGGAGUUGGUGGUGCCAAUUUUAAGGAAAUGGAGAUUCUUGAUGCUGAUAACGGACGUCGAUUAGAGAGUUCAACAGGAAGGAUAGCAACACGUGACAUUGUUCAGUUUGUUCCAAUGCGCGAAGUGCAUGGCGGAAAGAUUUCUGUGGUUCAAGCUCUUCUUGAAGAACUGCCAUCUCAGUUCCUUACGUAUAUGCGUAGUAGAGACAUUAAGCCGCUUAAUGUGUAUCAAACUUAG